ACCACACGCAGGACGCAGGGCUGACAGUGGGCGGUGUCCGCGAUGAGCGUGAUCAGCCCGCCGAUCCACGUGCUGGACGCGAUCCACACGUUCGUCGCGAAGACGGGCAUCCGGGAGCCGCGCCUGACCGUGUCGAGUGGUUCGCGCAACGGCGACAGCUACUCCGGCGACGUCUUCCGCGUCGUCAUCUCGCCCGGCCGCCGCGACAUCGAGGACUUCGAGAACAACAACAACAACAACAAUGACGCCCUGGACGUGUGCAUCAACGGCGUCGGUCUGCAUCACGGGCGGCGCACGGCGAACGGACACGGCCACGGUGACGUGGAUGGCGCCGCCGACGAGCACGCCGACGACGCAGGGCUGCUCACGGACGUUGAAGGGCUAAUCCUGAACGAGCUGCCGAAAGCGAUCAGUGUGAUCGCGAAGGUAGCGCCAACGACCAGCCUGCGGCGCUCGCUCUACAACAGCUCCGAGCACUUCCAGCGCGAAAAGUACGUGUUCGACGUGGUGCUGCCGCGGUUCGAGCGGUUCCAGCAGUCGCGCGGUCUGCGCACGGUGAAACGCUUCCUGCACUACCCGAGCGUGAUCGUGUCCGAGUGCCGCGAGGGCACCGAGUUCAUCCUGCAGCGCGAUCUGGUCGCGCAAGGCUACCGGAACUUCCCGCGCACCGAGCCGCUGGCGUACGAGGACGUGCUGCUGGUGCUGACCCAUCUGGCCGAGUUCCACGCCAUCUCGUUCGCGAUGCAGCAGCAGGCACCGGAGCACUACGCGCAGAUCGUCAGCCAGCUGCGCGAAACGAUCUUCGUGCCGCCCCUGCACGGCUCGUUCGUGGACUUCCUGCAGCGCAAGGUGGACUACGCCAUCGAGACGCUGCAGCGCAACCCGGAGCCGGGGGACGAGGCCGUCGGCGAGCGGUUGGCGCGGUUCCGCGACGAGUACGGGCAGGCGAUGGUGGACUGCGUGCAGAACCGGGACGACACGGUCAUCUGUCACGGUGACUGCUGGAUCAGCAACAUUCUCUACCGGAAUGUGCCCCAGCAGCGGAAUGGAGCCGACGAUGGCCUGAACAACAACUUCGACAGUGGGCUCCUGCAGAAGAACGGCCCGAAGGAGCUCAAGUUCCUCGACUGGCAGGUGGCUCGCUGCGGCACGCCCGUGAUCGACCUGUCCUACUUCAUCUUCUGCUGCACCGACAGUGAGCUGCGCGAGCGGCUGCCGGAACUGCUGCGUAAAUACCACAGUGCGCUGGUGCGCCGCAUCGAAGAGCUGUGCGCCAUCGACGGAACCGAGCUGUUCCCGUUCGAGCGGCUGCAAAUGCACAUGAGAAAGUACGCUCGCUUCGGCUUCGGCAUGGCACUGAUGACGCUCCACUCGACGUGCUGCGUGGAGAAGGACCUUCCGGACGUGUCGGCGGCCCUCGAAACCACCGAGCUCGUGGACAUCGACAAGCUGGCGAAGGACAUGCUCUACAACCCGGCAUACAUCAAGCGGAUGUCCGGCGUCUGCCGGGACAUGGUGCGUUUCGGCUACCUGUGAGCGAUCGCGCCGCUCUGGCGGAAAACCGGAAACGAAAAAGACACUCACCCUCUCUGUUUUAAACGGAAAUCGAAGAGACGAGCAACAAUCUUUCAAUGUGUUCAUGCUGCCCCCACCGGCCACCGGCCGCGGGUUAGAGGGUGAUACUUAAGCUUAGGGUUGUACAACAGCGGUGACCGCCUCCCUUUUCCCCGUUUCAGUAUUCACGCGGCGGUUUCGCGAAUCCGCUCCCAUUACCUUCGCUCUAGUUACUACUAAAGACAGUAUUUGUGCCGUAGGGGACCGACAGAGACCGCGGACGGAACGAUUUGAUGCAACCACAUAUCCCCGCAACACCGCGCAAUGGGAAGCGCCUGUGCUUCCGGAAUUGUGACGCCAUAGGCAAUAGAAUCGGUCAGGCGCUGGGGCGCUGUUCCGGGCGCAAGCGCAAACAGCUUCACGAGGAAGCCCCUUUUACCACACGUAAACGCUAGAGACGGUCACUCGAGCAGCAUCGGUUAGGUUUGUAAGUGUAAGACGAAGGAUAAGCUAAGUUACCAGUCGACAAGGCGCGCUACUAAGAGAGGAGACAUUACGAAUCGUAAUUGAAAUUUACUCCAUAUCAUCACAUUUUCGUGAUUGGCACAAGGAUAUUAGGCAACGCAAGAAGCACCUACAGUUUGUCUUUGACGACAGUCAAAAGAGAGAGAAAGAGAGAGAGAGAGGGAAAGGUAGAGAGAGCGAGAGAGAGAGAGAGAGAGAGGAGUGGAACGUGGCGCUAAGAGAGGAGAUACAUUUUCAACCUGUGCCACUAAUCAUAAGCGCAGCACCACAUGUUCAACAGGAAAAGCUUCAAAAUUGUUAACGGAUUACGGAUUAUGUUUGCCCACGACGUGCAGACUGCGAAGAGCGUUAAAUGGUUGGCGCUUUAAGUGUCUUUUGAAGUGCCCGGCAAAGGAACGGCUUUCAAUACCCCCGCCCGCCCCCCAUAGAGCCAAUCGUGUUCCAAAUUCCAAAAGCGCAUUUUGCACGAUCAUCUCACGUUCCUUGAAACAUAGCUUUACGAUCCGGUUUUUUUUAUAUUUAUUCACAAAA